UAUCGCUUACCUCUUCUAAAAUGAAAGAUCUUCUUUUCUGGGAUUUUCCAUCUGAUAUCUGUUUUUGUUUCUCCUCUCUGAUCACUUUCACCAUUUGGCGUCUCACUGCCCCUUUUCGCGUUCCUUUUCCAGCCAUACGUUGACGUUUUAGCCUGCAGCAUUCUAAGCCAUACCCUGUUCAGGUUAAGGGGUUGUUUUCUACUUCACUGCCUGUGCUUCUUGGUCAUCAUGGUGGUUGUAGUUGUUGGCUCACAUUCACAUUUAUAUUCCUUUAUUAUUUUGCCCAUCUGUUAUUGAGCUGUAUUAUUAUCAUUUCAUUUUUAUUAUUUUGUUGGGUUUUUGAGUUGGCUCUGUUCUUCACCUUCUUUAUGUACUAUAAAGAGAAAUGAUUUUUUAAAACCUAUGAUGUUUGGGAUAAUUCAGGAUUGAAGAAGAGAUAUGGUUUAAGCCUUCAAUUGGGUUUCAAUGAGCUUUACCUGCUUUGACGUAUUAAAUUGCUUCAAGAGCAACGAUACUCAAAGCCAGCAACAGCCAGAAGAUAUUACCACCAAUAAUGUGAGGGUCUUCUCUUAUAAUUCAUUGAGAUCAGCAACAGGAAAUUUUCAUCCAUCAAGCAGAAUUGGUCGAGGUGGUUUUGGGGUUGUCCAUAGGGGAGUGUUAAGGGAUGGCACUCAAGUGGCAAUCAAGUGUCUUUCUGCAGAAUCUAAACAAGGAAAGCGUGAAUUCAUGACAGAGAUUAAUAUGAUAUCAAACAUACGACACCCGAAUCUUGUUCAGCUCAUUGGUUGUUGUAUUGAGGGCAAUAAUCGAGUACUGGUCUAUGAAUAUAUGGAGAACAACAGCCUGGCAACUUCUUUACUUGGUUCAAAAGGUAAACACAUUGCUAUGGACUGGUCUACGAGAGCUGCUAUUUGCCUUGGUACAGCAACUGGUAUUGCAUUUCUUCAUGAGGAAGUUGAGCCACCUAUUGUUCAUAGGGAUAUUAAGGCUAGUAAUAUACUUCUUGAUGGUAACUUGCAGCCAAAAAUUGGAGACUUUGGGCUGGCAAAACUUUUUCCAGACAAUGUCACUCAUGUCACUACUCAAGUGGCUGGAACUGUGGGAUAUCUGGCCCCAGAGUAUGCUUUACUAGGACAGCUUACCAAAAAGGCUGAUGUAUAUAGUUUUGGUGUUCUCAUACUCGAAAUAAUUAGUGCGAGAAGUAGCAGUAAGGCAGCAUUCGGGGAGGAUCUGUUGGUUCUGGUUGAAUGGGUGUGGAAACUGAGGAAGGAAGAAAGGCUGAUGGAUCUUGUUGAUGCAGAAUUGUUUGAAUAUCCAGAGGAUGAAGUGAUGCGUUUCAUUAAGGUUGCACUGUUUUGUACUCAAGCAGCUGCACAACAAAGACCCACCAUGAAGCAAGUGUUAGAGAUGCUUUCAAAGAAUGUUAACCUUAAUGAGAAGGCACUAACAGAACCAACAGUGUACCGGAGUUGGACUUCUCAAUGGUUGGCAAGUAGCACCAACGAGACAUCAUCUUCCCAAAAGAAUAAAGGGAAGAAAUUAGUAUAUCCUCCGGUGAGCUUUUCUCAGUUAGAUAGAGAUCAGGAAGUGACAGAGAUGUUACCCAGGUGAUGCAUUGGCUUUUUGCUUAAUCUUGCUGACCAGAAUGUAGGAAACCUGUAAAAGGUACUAACUCCUUGUCAAUGCUUUCCCCUUGGGUCUGGUAAUCUUCUUCAACCCUUCGUUUGAUAUAAAUGAUUUUGUAAAAAAAGAAUUUAAAUGAAUUCUUACAAAAUCAUGCAUGAUUUUGUUUUCACAUAUGAUUGAAAAUGUUUCAAGUUAAAAAAAAUUGAAUUCUUUCAUUUCAAAUAGGAAAAUUGAAAGAAAAAAAAAAUCAAUUGAAUUGAAUUUCUUGAUUCCAAACUGAAGGUAAGUGAAACUAAAUUUUUUUGGGAGAAUGGUUUGGGGGGUUAAUGAGAAUAAGAGUAUUAGCAUAUAUACCACAUGUAGAUACAAGUGUAAUCAGUUGAUAAAUCUGUUCAUCUAAUAUAAAAUUUUUAUGUUG